UAUUAUUUGUGACAAAUGAGCUCCCCUAUUCUCUCAUUAGCGGGAAGCUGCUACGCAUAGAAUCAAAACAUCAAAACAUUUUAUUUUGAAGUAUAUAACGUUUGUGGUACACCGUUUUUAAGACAGGCUUGUUUGCUGCAGCUCUACUCAUUCUGGUUACUAUUUUAAUAUAACUAAGUGUACUAAGGCUUAACUAUAGUUAGCUACCUACAAUGGCUUUUCUGGGUGAUAUUAAAUCUUUUGACAGGUCAAGUUUGUCAUCAGCUGAAACUAUUGUUACAAAACAUAAUGGUAGAAAGAUAAAAGAGUCUGUUAGUGGUGAAGAAUUGUCGCUCAACUGUCCGGAACUAGAUGAUGCAUGCUUUUCAGAAUUUUUCGUAUUUGAUGCAUCACCUGAUAAAAACUUACAUAAAGUAUGUAAAGGCCUCUUUAUUGGUUCUCAAGAUGCAUCAGCAAACCUGGAAGAACUGCAAGCUUCGGGUAUCACACACAUAUUAAAUGUGGCAGUUUAUACUGAAAAUCAUUAUCCCAAGCUCUUCACAUAUAAAAAUGUUUCAAUGUAUGAUGUUCCAAGUUAUGACAUAUCAGAGCAUUUUGAGGAUUGUUCGAAGUUUAUAGAAAAUGCAAUUACAUCAAACGGUUCUGUUCUUUGUCACUGCAAUGCUGGUAUAUCAAGAUCCUCUACUGUUAUCAUGGCGUAUCUAAUGAAAUAUAAAAACAUGACUCUUGAUGAUGCUUUGGAGCUCGUCCAAAAAGCAAGACCUAUUGCAAUGCCAAACAUUGGAUUUCUUGUCAAACUGCAAGAAUAUGGCUUGAAACUAAAGUAGAAGGUUUGUUCCAACUUUAUAUGAAAUUUGAAUUGGUCCAGUAUUUUUUACACAAAAUUUGAGACGUAGCUUUUCAAAUGGUUUUAUGGCUGCCCUGCCUGAAUGUGAUACCUUGUGGCGCUAAGGCGAUGCAACAAAACUUGUUAAUUAUUUUUAGCUGCGAAAGGGUUGAGCCAUUUUUUUAACAGCCCGGCAGCUCCAGUAGUAUACAUUAAUACAAAUUUAAAAUUGUUCGAAACGACUUUACAACACAAAAGCCUGUUCAAGAUUAAGUCGAACAAUAUAAAGUAAAAAAAAAAUAUUGGUCAUGAAAUUAUUGGUCAUGUUAUUCGUGUUAACCAGACCUAAAUUAUCUUCAAACUUAGUGUAGAAACAUGGUCCAGUGCCUUAAUGAAAAAUUUUGAUGCAAUUUGAUACACAUUUCUGUUACAACUUCAGAAAUAUCCACUAAAUAGAAUUUAUUACUUCGCUUUUUUUAGUUUAGAAAUUUAAAUGCAACAAAACAAAGCUUUUGGUUUAAGUUUUACUUAUUUUAAAAAUUUAAAAUUUCUUAAACGUGUACUGAGUGUUGCUUGAUUUUUUUAUUGUGGCUAAAAUUAAAACGUGUUGAAAUUUCAUACAUAUAUGUUCUGUACACAUGGCCUAAAUAUGUAUGAAAAAGAUAUCUAAUUAUUUCAGAUUAAAAAUUAGAAGUUUCUUCUUGGUUGGCAUAAUAAAUGUGAGAUCGAUUUUAAAUGAUCCUGUAAUUUUGUAAACUAGCAAUUUCACACGACCCUACCUCUAGAAACUCAACAAUUUUGCAGCGAUGGCAAAUGUGUCUUAAGAUUUCAAAAGUAGUUUGUGUGUAUGGUGAUUAAACACCAACAUAAACAUAUUAACUGGUAUUCGUACAAUAGCACCAUAUCCCAAGGGGCAACCAUAAAAAUCUAAAAAGAUGUAUUAUAGUAGCAGAAGAUGAUUUUUAGUUGGUUGGUUUUUAGCAUUCAGGUUUUUUUUACUAAAAAGCUUCUGCUUCAUUUUGACUGCGCGUCAUAUUUUUAAAAAAUAUUUUUACCCUGGAAGUAGAUAUAAGUAUUGGUGGUGGGUGGUCUAAAGAUGUGGCUACUUGUUGUGGAGAAUACUAAAUAAUACAUUAUAUUAAUCUGAAUAAAAGAUGUUAUUAUUUCUUUACAUUUCAUCAAAUAGUUUUAUGUAUUAUUUUUCUACAUAUCUCUGCAUUUCAUCGAAUAGUUUUAUGUAUUAUUUUUCUACAUUUCUCUGCAUUUCAUCAAAUAGUUUUAUAUAUUAUUUUUCUACAUUUCUCUACAUUUCAUCAAAUAGUUUUAUAUAUUAUUUUUCUACAUAUCUCUGCAUUUCAUCGAAUAGUUUUAUGUAUUAUUUUUCUACAUUUCUCUACAUUUCAUCAAAUAGUUUUAUAUAUUAUUUUUCUACAUAUCUCUACAUUUCAUCAAAUAGUUUUAUAUAUUAUUUUUCUACAUUUCUCUACAUUUCAUCAAAUAGUUAAUAUGUUAGUUUUGUUAUUUUUGUACCUAUAUAUUCAUUUUAAUUAAGCGUUCAUGCUGAACGUUAUAUUUUCCACUGUAAGAUGCUUACGAUGUUGAGGAUUUUUUCAAGCAGGAUCAGCUGUUAUUCAUUCUCUUUUUUUAAUAAUCCUGACAACACUUCUCUAAAGGAACAUUUUUCCUAAAUUUGAUUUUUUACCAGAUUUUUAGGGACUUAUAAGACGUUGUUUUUUUAAUAAAGACCUUAUUGGAUUUUUAGAAAGACUGGCCUGAAACAUGUACCUGAUAUAAAUAGGUAAAUAAUUGCAAAAAAAGAAUAAGAAAGAAAGCUGUCAUUGUACUAUAGAUAUAAUAAAUGAUCGUUCAUAAAGAUAGACCAAUUAUAGAGACAGACCAACAUAACGGUUGGUCAAUCAUUGGGUCACCACAAAUCACACCAUGGGUCGUGCUUUCUUUUGUGGGUAGUAUUUAUCCACUGUUUCAUGUGCUUCAUUUUUUCUUUUCUCAUUUUUGGUUUCCAGUUUUUCUGUUAGUAACUCCUUCAGUACAAGUUCUCGUAAGGCUUUGUUUCGUUGAUCGUUAAUGUCGUCGGACUUCGUAAAAAAGUUGACAUCGUUUUGCAAGGCUGUAACUGAUAGAUCUUUUACUAGUUUUCUUCGUGUCGAUGGAAGAGUUGACAUGGUGUGUAGAGCCAUGUCUUUUAGCCGGGUAAUUUCUUCUGUGUUUGCAUCACCUUGGAGAUAUUUGUCUAGCAUAAUUACAUCACUUAUGGCGAUUGUAUAUUGCCUGGGUAUAUCAUGUAUGCUUAUAUUUUCUGUUUUCUGUGUCCUGGGAACUAACUUGUUUGGAGUCCUGGGGACUAAUUUGCUUACACUUGUUGUGAAAACUUCAUUAGUUACCAGUGUGUCAAACAUUGCAUCGUGAAAUGAGGUGUCGUCUUUUUUUGUUUUUAUUUCGAUCGAACGUUUCUUACUCGGACUCGAUAUACCAUACUUCUUCCUGGAUUCUGUCUCGAUUUUUAUGUUCAAAUGUUUUGCCACGUUUUGUAACCGGCAACUGUAUAACGAAGGGUAGGCAGCUAAGCUCAUUUUGUAAGUGUCUAUUAGGAGAAAGUUUUUUGAUAUCAAUCUCUCCAACCAACCUUGACCAUCAUGUGACGGUUUGCCUAAUCGUUUGAAUUCGUUGUAUAAAAAGUUCCAGUCGAAC